AUUCCGGACGUGGACGUAGUAUUACUUACACACGGGAAUUGUUGUGUUCCUCAGCUGGACCACUGUUGCUGACUACUGCUGUUGUCCUCUAACGUUUUGGUGGCUGCGUCGGACAUUGUGCAUUGUGCGUUCCGGCUAGAAAGGGUUAAUUCGAGGACGGAAGUGGAGCGCUGUGAGAGAGCGGAUACUCGUAAAAGUGAGGCCGGAGAAAAGCUGGUUGGAAGCCGUCGUGAAUGUGAAAGAAGAAUAGUGAUGUCCGUUUGUUGAGUGCGUUGGGUGGGGAUACAGACGCCGAAGUUAUUCUUCACGCCCGAUGCAACACUGAAUAAUUUAAACGAUGCAGAAAGCAAUAGAUGCAUAUUAAGGAGUGUAACGGUGGCAUGCGGAAGUGAGUGGAAGGGAGAGUGCAAGGAUACGAGGGUGUGAUACGGAACAAGGAAACGAACGUGAGGUUCGCCUGGUGUUACUGUUGGUGGAAGAAUUUAUGGAAAAAGCGUGCCAGAACCCAUAUUGUAUGGAUUAGACAGCUUGCGAGAUACUAACCCUGGCAUCUCAUGGCAUAGGAGGAGGUCCGUAAUAAGCAGCAGUUUGUAUGAUUAAUGGUAGUGCAAAUUUGUUCUAAUUACUAAUAAUAGUUCUGAGGUCAGUACCGACCGCUGCAGUCCUCCAUAAGUAUCAUGAAUCAUGACGUCCCCAUUAAUCACAGAUUGUGCUGAACCAUUGGAAAAAAAGUAUUCAAUAGAUUUUUUUCUUCUCUAGAAAACAUCAUUCAGUGUGCAAACAGAAACCAGGAACACUCAACAUAUUGUUUGUUCCCCAUUCCGGUUGUGUCGAUCCCAGAGGAAAAAACAAACGGCAACCAACAAGAAAUAAAUAACAUUCAUAUCAAUUCGCAAAUAUUUCCUAUUGCCGCGUUUUUGUUGCUCACCAUAAGGAAGAGAACGAGGAUUAUAUAAAUAAAUAUAUGUACGAUUCCAACGAACAGCGAGAAAACAAUGAAAUAGCAGAAGCGCGAGUGUGGGAUUAAAAGCUUGGCGGGGGAAAAAAAGGUUCACACGUCCGCUGGGGGGAUCCUUUCUGUCCAAAUUGGUGAACCCAGUGACAGUGAUUCUGGUAUCGAUCGUUAAGUCUGUGUACGUGUGUGCCCUAGAGUGUCCAGGCGGUGAUGUUACAUCCCGAUGUGCAUCCAGCGAUGCUGUCAUCCAUCCGAUGAAAAGUGGACCAUCAAUUCGGGGCUUUGUCUGAUGCUAUGAAGUGUCACUACUGAAUGAUGUUGGUGCAGAAUUAGUGGGGACGAACGCCGAAAAACGGCACACAUGGACAAAUCAACGUGUUAAGCGCUAUCGAUUAUUACUUUUUAUCUGCUUUCGGAGAUUAAGGUUUAAUAACACUUGAUCGACAACUUUUCAGUAGUGAUAAACAGAAGAGAGAGGGGAUUGAUCAAGGUGCGAUUUCGCUUUUGGAUUUCCGAUUAAUCAGGAAGUGCGGAGGGAGUAUACAUUCACAUCAUUUAAUCAGAAGGUAAUUCGUCCGUUGUCUGCUCGUGUACGAACCUCGGAGUGGAAUUUCUUCAACAUAAGCACCGCUUUACGAAGAAUAACAUCACAAUGUACCCUUCAGCGAUGGUAACAGCAGCCUCCCGGAACGUGGCGCUGGUGCUACUUCUGCUAUGCGUUGUCACAAGUCCAACCGAAAGCCGAUACCGUGAGAAGGAACCGAAAAAGAUGAAAUCCGCCCAAAUGAACAUGGUUUUCAGCAAUCAAGCCGCGCUGCCACUAAUGAACCUCUGCUCGGGGGAUCGAGAAAUGAAGCUGGUCUGCCACUGCAGUCCGGACGAUCCGCACGUCAAGGCACAGAAAGCCAACUGCUGGAUAUUCAGCAAGGAUUUACCCCGAAAGGAUCCCAAUUGGCUGGCGUUCCAGACGCAAACCACACUCGAGCAGCUCAAGAUAACGGUGCAGAAGAUCGGCAACCUCACAUACAUCCCCUCGGAUGUGGUGGUGGCGUUGAAAAAUCUCAAGCAGCUCACAAUCGAGUACGGUAUGAUACCGGACCUUCUGAACUACGCAUUCGGGAAUUUAACUGAACUGCGGAACAUCACGCUGCACAAAAAUCAGAUUCGAAUCGUACAUCCGUUUGCGUUUGCAAAUCAUCCCUAUUUGGAGGAAAUAAACUUGGAGCGGAACGAAAUUAUCGAGCUUGACAAAGAAGCCUUGGUGCGGUUACCCCAGCUGAGAAGGUUGAACUUAGACUUCAAUAACUUGACGAUGUUGCACGAUGAUGUGUUUAUUGAUUUGAUCAAUUUGGACGAACUGAAAUUAGAAUCGAAUCAAAUCACAGUUUUGACGAGGGAAAUAUUCAAAGGGCUUGGAAAUUUACGGUUCCUAAAACUGUCGGCCAACAGUAUCCACUUCAUCGGUGAUGCUGUCUUUGCGGAGCUUUGGAGUUUACAGGAAAUUGAUCUGGACAGUAAUCAUAUUGAGAAACUGUCAGCACGCGCCUUCGACGGUUUAAAUAACCUGCGGCGACUCAAUCUCGAGAACAAUCGGUUGACACGACUGGAGAGGGGAAUAUUCACGGGGGUGCCAGCAGUGCUCUCGCUGAAUCUCAACUCCAAUCAGCUGGAAACGAUAACCUACAACAAUUUUCUCCCGUUGAUGGAUAACCUCGUUAACAGUACCGCCGUGCUGCAUUUGAAAGAUAAUAGACUCAUCUGUGAUUGUCGAUUGAUUUGGCUGAUCGACCUGAAGAACGCUACAAAAAACGAGGAUCUUCGGUACACACUCCAACAGGUGGAAUGCUUAUAUGAAUUCAAGGAUAACCGAGGGCCAGCCUCGACCGCACUUCUGAACCAAAUGAAUGACUACAGUCGGCCGCAUGAUAUCCUGGGCUACGAAGACAACGUCGAGUAUGAUGAUUCUCACCAUCACGGCUACGGACUGCAGCCCAUGCAGCGAAGCAACAUGGGACAAAUGGGUCAAAUACCAUCGGGUAGCAGUCGACAGAUUACGGAUCCUUACGAUCGAAGUAUCAACCCGUCUAGCAAGACGGCCAAAACGGUCAACGGCAAACAGGUGCUCACUCUGGUGAAACUUCGAAAGGAAGAUUUUCUACCGUGCGCCAAGGAGUUGGAUGAACCGACGGAGCUGCCCUUGUCGCGAGAAUCCAUCGGUAUCGAUAUGGGCUGGCGAUCGUCGGCUAGUGCGACGUCCAGUUCAGGAGUGGGAUUGCGGAGUUUAAGCAUCGGAACCGAAUUCGGGGCAGUGACGACUGUUGCGUUCCUGCUUGUUGCUGUGUUAGUGUGUUAGCUUCUAGCUUUUUUUAAGUGACGAUGUGAUAUGAAGUAGCUAAUGUCUGUUUAUUUUUAAAAUCAUCUUUAAGAAAAAAUAGCAUCGAGAUAAGAUGACCAAUUGCAAUGGUUUUCAUAGGUUGCAUAUUCAAAUGCUUAAGCAUUUCAACUGAAUUUAACGACGGGUUCAAUCUUGCUUGGAGAAUAUUUCUGACUGAAAAGACGCCAAAGGCAACCCACAUGAAAUAAAUCCACGGGUGACAUGUGGAUAAUAAAAUCCCGAGCAUUGCUCAUGAAAAAAAGAACAAGUGGUGCUUACUUUGACUCGUAUACGGAAAUCGCUAUUCAAGAUGGAUUGGAAUAAGAAAAUAAACUUCUCUCUCGUGAGGAUAAACGAUUGAAGGAGAAAAUGCCUAUAAAUACGAUAACCUGUGGCAUUCCAAUGCAGAAUAAAACUUUACCAUUCCAACCGAAUCUGUAAAACGAAUGAACACUAAAUUUGAGAAUAUUGCCUUUGGAACGAUGAAAGGAAAGCGAGGCUGAAAAAAUAUAUUGUAGAACGAAGGGACAAAAGGAAGCUAAUGCUGCUUUUUAAAACCAGGAAUUGACUGCCAGAUGCCAACGGGGUGCUUUAUGCGACCUAUUAUUAUUCGGGCCACAAAUGCCUCCCGGGCUCCAGUUCAUAAUCUACCAGAAGUUGUCUUGAAUGGGCUGCAUUUGAGGCGAAAUAAAGCGAAGGAACAAGGGACAAAAGAAAUUAAAAUAUAAAAAAAGACCACAAGAGUUCCAAUAAACUCUGGCACUUUACUGCACUUUCUUACCGCUUCCGCAUACGAAAGCCACAAUACUGGCUGUUGGCUUGUGAGUUUUAAGUUCAAACGUUUUUCAUUUCACCAUAUUCUUGAUAGCUUUCAGUGAAACUUCGAAGGAAUAUCUUCUGUGCAAAGAAAAAUCAACAAUCCACUUCUCAGUUGAUGAAUUUUCGAUUGGAAUAGACAAACUUCAUAAUCCACUUAUGAAAAAGUGUUCAAUAAUCGCCAAUUGGGGGAGCGUUAGCGUGACGGUACAGUUUAAGGAAACAUUGGUCGAUACGUCACAGCGUGACGUGACGUCUCAAUUUUCACCUUCCAAAUGAGAGGGCCAUUUGCUUUAAUAACCAGCCAUCAUGGGCCCUCGCACGAAAGCUUGGUAAUUAUGGCUAUUACUAGAUUUUUUUACGGUUAUUAUACUUCAAAGGAACACGUUCCGGUGGUUGAUCACUGGCGGAAGUGAAGGAGAUGGAGGAGAGUGCGAGUGGAAUGCGGAACGGCACCCAACUAUUUCCCGUCAGUGUGACAACUAUCGUCUAACAGGUCGAAAAUGGUGAGUGCUCAUUUGGAAAAUUGGUACUAAAUUAGUACAUUUCGCCCAAUUUGGCGCCAUUCUGUGAGAUAGCAGUUUUAUUUCAGUGCUAUCAAGUGGAACUUAAUUUGGUUAGUUUCCAGUCGCGUUGAUUGAUUUACUUUGAUUAAUUAUGGUGUUCAGGUGGCAGACGCUCUGUUGGACAUGAAGGACAGCGGUUUUAUUUCUGGAAGAAAUGUAACUUUUCUUCAGCAACAGUCUUCCCACUCUUCCAAAAAUAAAACCGCUGCCUCACUCAAUAAAUUCAUUAAGCGUGAAUCUGAUUUAGCGAGCACUACAAAUUUCCCAGAUUUACUCGAUAUAUUACACAGAUAGACAGAUUUCGUACACAUUUGUGUUCUGCAAAAAGGGGCAUUUCCGCACAAUUUCUUAGACGUGAAAUUUAUUUCCUUUGUAGAAUCGAAGAAAAAAACUAAUUUGGUAUCCUUUGGGUUGCCUCCAAUUAGGCAACUAGGGUUUUCAUAACGAUGUCGGUAUGUAUAUAAAUAAGGAUUAACAACAUCAGCUGGCUUAAUAACAACUGUGUUUCUUCGAGUUUCCAGUCUCUGCUCCAGAGAUUCCAGAUGUCAUAUUACCAGAUUUCAAACAUCAUAUACGGAUCUCAGUUUCAGGGUCCGGAUUGUAGGUAUAUGUAUCCUAUCUCCCUAUGUUCGAAUCCAUCACUUUAUAUUACACGAGGUUUGUUCAAAAAGUAUCACUACUUUUGAAUUUCCGCGGGUUACGUAUCGUCUUCAUGUUGGUACUCUCACUCAGGCCUCGGCAUAGUCACAUUCAACUGAGGGAAGUCAGCGGACUAUGAAGAAAUUCCCCUUCAUAUAAAAUUGGAAAAAAUUUUGGCUUAUUCACGCAGUUUCUCCGUCAACAUGCCUCAAGAGUCAGUCGGGCGCUUAGUCACUAUCCCCCUCUACGACUCGACUAUCUCAUUUCAUUCUUGCCUGUCAAAUGGACUUCAUUGCAUUUUGAAGGGACUCCCCUCAAAAUGCAUUCGUUUUUCUCUCCCAUGUAUCACGUAUGCAUGUAUCGAUGUUUGAGUUCAACGUGGUUUCACAUAUCCUACAGGUGAGCUAGAUUUUUUUUGUAAACCGUCCAUCAAUGGUAUAACUACUUAUUUGCAUCAGAAAUCACGUUUUCGUUUCACUUCUAUGUACGUAAAAUGAGAUUGUAUAUGCGGGAAAAGAGAUUAAUGUCAGGGGGAAGUAGAAGUGUGCAUAGAAAUCAGUUGGAUGAAGAGGCAGAUUUGUAUUCAUUAGUCACGUCAAUUAGAAUAAUCAUUGACAUUUUUACAGCCGCUUUGCUCACACGUGUUUUGACUCGUCUUAAAUUUUUGUCUUUCCCAAUUCAGCAGCUUCAGCAGAUGAUUGAGUAUUAGUUUUCAUGCCAUGACUAUAAACCCAUGAUUCGAUACCAAUUAUGACACUCUGUAGCAAACUUGGGUCGUCGCGGACAGAAUCCAACAGCUGCUCAGCAAAAUUAAUGCGAUGUUGUUUUUGGUCGAAAUUGAAAAAUUUUGGUACGAAUUUGGCGGCGACCCGUCUCAAGCCAAAAUGAUUGGUAAAAAUCAAGUGACACGAGCCAAUAGAUAUGUUUGAGUCCUCAGCAACUUCUCUAACAAUAAUUCGAUGAUUGGCUAAUACUAUUUUCUUCGUGGUGUCAGUGUUUUUGUCGGUUGGUGAUGUGUUCGUGCGUCCGGCACGCAUUUCGCCAUUUACAUCAACAUUUGUUGCCCCAAUAAUGUUGUUUCGGGUAUACCACAAUAAACAUUCGGAAUGCGACCGCGCACUCGAUUUUGUUUUUCACACAAAAUUUGACCGAUUCAAGACGAGCCAAAACACGUGCAAGCAAAUCAUAAAAAUAAUCUGAACAUUCAAAACAGCCCAACUAGCCAGCAUAAGUGAGAAACAUGAGUAUCAACAUAACACCACAAAAAAACGAAAAUCAAAUAUAUGUAGCCGGUGGAAAUUCAGAAGUCGCGAUUCUAUGUGAACAGACCUUGUACACUAAGAUUUCAACUCCAUAUCUAAAUGAUACAUUCCGGAGGUUCCAGUUUUCGAAUAUGGAUCCCAAUUUAAUAAAGGUAGAAUAUUCUAUUUUUAGACGUACAUGACAAAGUACCAAUAUUCCAGAAGAGAAUUGUUGUUUCAGAUUGCCGACUCAAAUCCCACAUUCCCGACUAUGAAAAUCGAGAUUGAUUUUUAAAUUGCAGAUCAAGGAUACAGAUUUAGAUCCUAGGUCCAGGAUUUGAGUUUUAAACUCCCUAACCAUACCAGAUGCCAGAUUCGAGUUCUGUUUGCAUAUACAAAUUAUACAUUCUAGAUUAGCAUCACAAAUUUUAGAUGGAUGUUUUUUUCGAAUGGCCAUCUCAGAUUUUGAUGAAAUGGUAGAUAGAUGGUAGAUAAAUAUGUGCCCUACAACUCUUCCAUACAUCGCAACUUGUGCAUAUUCAAGACAAAAAACUUUUUCUAACAAAAACUUUUUCAAAAUUUUUUCUCGAAAAUUCAAAUUUUUUUUUGGUUGUACAGUUAUAGAAAAAAGUAAUGUAGGUAGACACAGGUAGAAAUGGAUUGAUGGUGACCCUUGGAUGUUAAAGUACAGUUUUCAGCUUGUUUUUGUAGUCAAAUACAAUAUGUUUCAAUUCAGAGAGCUACGACAGCUCUCAAACAAUAGCCGUGGCAAAAUUGCUCAAAUUGCAAUUGCCAAAAAUCUCUUCAUCUGUCGGUCUGGUAUCGAAUAGUUGUUGUAGAUUUAGGUAUCUAUUAAGAGUCACUGUAAGUCACUGAAGAUAUGAUAAUAAUAAAUGUAUAAUAAAAAUAUAAUAAUAGAUACCUAACGGAUGAGUAAAAUACUCUGCAGUUGUUCGAAAAUCGUCGUCGUGGCCGUGACCGGCAGCAAAUGUAAAGUGGCGGAAAAGAAAUAGCAUUAUUUCGUUUCUGCGUAAUUAUCAGAAUUCAACAAAGAAUAGUGUGACAUUAUUUAGCAACAUUAGUCAAGCCGUGAUCUCCAAGAUUUGCAAGGAUUGCAAAUACAGUGGUAGUAUUAACCCCCUCCCGUAUCAUUUAAUACGUCACACAUCAAGUGAUUUCACUACUCUGCUGAGCAUUCUAGCGCCAUAUGUUAUGCAAGUACACUACGAGUGAGACUCGAUGUUGUACGGGAAAGGGUUAGCAACCCCAAGUUUAAACGUAAUAAACUACAUCAGUUAACAUCAACAGUAAUUAAGAAAAUACGUUUACCGGGAUAUACCCAUCCGUUGGGUGAUACAAUGCGAAUUUGUAAAACUUGUUUUGCAGUGAUUUAGAACAAUAGAUGUAUUCCAAUGAAAAAACGACGUAUAGAUGAGGAUAAAACUAACCAAAAUAUUGAAGAUUCACAAGCUCCAAAAACAAGCUGAAAACUAUACUUUAGCAUCCAAGGGUCACCAUCAAUCCAUUUCUACUUGUUAUUGAUUUUUUCUAUAACUGUACACCAAAAAAAAAAAUUAUAAUUUUCGAGGAAAAAUCUUGACAAUGUUUUUGUUCGAAAAACUUUUUUGCCUUAAAUAUGCACAAGUUGCGAUGUAUGGAAGAGUUGUAGGGCAAAUAUUUAUCUACAAUUUAUCUACCAUUUCAUCAAAAUCUGAGAUGACCAUUUUGAGUAAAUCGACUUUUAGUUUUUGAAAUCCAUUUUUUUCAGUGUAGGAUUUAAAAAAAAUAUUUUUUCUGAAUUUAUUCCGAAUACUCAACUAUUUUUCACAAACUCUUCCAUAGAUCACUUUUUUGUAGGACUUACCAUUUUCGAGUAAAAAAUUUUUUUGCCCUUUCCAUCAGUCUUCAGAAUGCAACUCGGUGCUGAUGCGCAACAAGAUUUUUGUACCCAGUUGAGCUCCCACUCCUUGCGCACACAUGCGCUCUGGCGAAUGAGCACGCUCCGAAACACAGAUGAAAUGUUUGGUUGUCAGUGCCGUGGGCGCAAGCCCAGUUUUAAGCUGAGUUUUACGCUGAAAUUCGCGCCGUGCUUGAAUCUGGAUGGCUCUGUCUGUUGAGAUAUUUUUCUUCACACAAGCGUAUACGGUUCAAAUGGGGGCGCGCUGUUGUUUUUAUGCUUUGCUUAGAACGAACGAAGACAAAGCGGGCGCUAGAAUUUGAUGUGUAUGUGUGUGUGUGUAUAGAAUAAGACGCGCAUCACACAAGUGAGAAGAAAUGUUUAGUAUCUGAGUUCUGCGCCGGGUAUAUUUUGCGCUGUCGUGCUAAUGAAUUUUGUGCGCUUCGCACCAAGAGAGAAUACACGCUUUUCUUGAACGCGCGCUGAUGAAAAUUCAACUCAAGCGCAGCGCUGCGUUUGUUGCCUGAAGACUGCUUUCCAAGUUGUAAUCUAGAUAAAUUUUCGGAAAACUAAGUAUGCCAAGCAGCUUAAUUAGGUAAGUUCACAAAAUCUGGACGGUCAUGUCAUUGUUCAUAACUACGUGAUAUUCCCACAGGUAGUUAUCAUUAUAACGGAUCUUUUAUUAAGAACUUGUCAACUUUUUUUUGUUAAUAAAACACAGGUUUCUUUGAAAUAUUGAGAUCAAAUUUAUUCUGGUUUUAGUUCAACUCUUCCACUUUAAGAAUGAAAUUCAAUUUCGGUCAUAUUACCACCACGGACCCGUUCACACCGAUCGAUCUGUCAGACCCAAUUUUUCACUAAUAAGCCAAACAUUUCGACUAGAAUGUUAUAAAUUUCGCGUUGGAUAUUGUCUCUGAACUCUUCUAAAGUUGCUGGCUUGUUGGUAUAGAUCAGUGGAUUGACAUAGCGCCAUAAAAAGAAAUCCAAUGGCGUCAAAUCGCAUUAACGAGACGGCCAAUCGACAGCGAAAACAGUACCAUUCCAAUAGAAUUAGAAGGCAUUCAUGCAAGUAAUCAAUCACAAAAAUCCACAGAAUCGUGUUACAUUUGCUCAAAGUUUGAAAAUUUCUUAACUAUGUCGUAAUUAAAAAUACGGACACUUUUGUUUUAAAUUCCGGACAUAUUUUAUCAGUAGUAUUUGUUUGAGAGAAAUUAGUUAUUGAUUUUUGUUGAGCUUAUUGUUUCAAUGUUAUUCUAUUUUAAUCUUAAACCCAACAUCAAACAUCGAAAAUUCUUGCUCUAUUCGUUUUAGGGCUUGUAGCAUACUCUUAUGAAACUCCGGCAAUAAAAAAAUUCAUUGUGAACUCUUGAUCCGUCCAGAUUUAGAAUCAUCUUUGGAAUAUGUUUUUUCCAGACAUCUUGUUUUAAUUUUGGACAAUUAUUUGCCAACAGUACUAUGUCUGAUACUACACAAAAUUUUACACUUUCACACUUUCAGAUUUUACGUUUCAAUCAAACUCGACUUUUGCGUAUUGAAAUCCGUUCGACUAUCAUUAAACGUGCUAUACAAAUACAGCAAUCUUGCCUUGAUGCAAAACAAAUGUCAAACUAAUUAAUUUCAUUGGUGGGGCAGUUUACUGUCUAUCAGAUUAGCAGACCCGAAUACCAAAAAAAUGAAUCAAAAUUAUUGCUCGAUCUUAUUUAUAUACUUAGAAGACAUAAUCCUGGCCUAUUUUUCUAUGUAUUUCCUAGCAUUUCCGCCAAAAUUUUCUCCAUGAUAUAAAUCGUUUCCGAUCACAAUUUUCGUUCAUGAUUUUUCCCCAGUUGCUGAAUAUGUGCUACACUGUUACAUAGAACACAUUUUUUAUAAUUUUUAUUUUAAAAGCGCAUUUAAUACAUCAGAAAUCCAUGACCAUUUUCGCUUCACAGAAUCGGAAUUCGAAACUCAAUGUCGUCAAUGUUGAAUUGCAUAGCAAGGUUAUACAACUCGUCUGGAUUUGAGUUUUACUAUAAUGUCAUAACAAUGCAUUACGUUUUGGACUGGCAGUAGCGAAGGUUGUGUCGACGUUGCUCAUGAUAGCGUCUCGCAAGCGAUCGUAUCCUUCCGUAUGCGGUAUACAUAAAAAUCCGUCGAGCGCUCUAUCUUGUUUGUUUCGUCUCCUGUAACCACAUAUUCAUAAAUAUUAAUCCAAAAUAAGCAAUGACGUGAUCACUGUGGUCACUGUGGUCAUUUUAGUCACACGAAUUCUAGAGCUUAUCAUUCAAGGCGUUUUGAUUGGCCUAGAAACAUCAACUAAGCACUAAUAAAAAUGACGCAAACGAUACUACGCGGAGACUGUGAAGUUCCUCUAGAAACGCUAGCACUAUUGAAGAACAAGAUAUGUAGAGCUUCAUAUGAACAGUGUGUGUCCACGAUGAACUUCAGAAUGUUGCUUAAUUUUUGAAUCAUAACUUUUUGCGUCGCUGUAGAGUCGCCUACUAUGAUUUCAGCAAUGCAUUCAACAACAUGCGCAUUGAAUUUACACACGUGCUCUCUAGCUGGUGUACUUCGUUUAGCAUUCGAGUGCUGAGAUAGUAGGAGAAGGGUGGUAUAUUUCCGUCUGGACACCUUAAGUAAAAGUUGUUUUUUUUUGUGAAUUUCACAAAAAAUACACAGCUAUUUCAUCACGAAUCGAUAGUUUAAUUCUCUGUUAAAAAUAAAAAUUGUCUCUGAGGCGUAAAUUAGGCUGACUUCAUUGAUGUGUCCGGCAUCAUUGAAAAAAAAAAGAGUCGGAAAAGACGGACACUUAAAGGGAAAGACGGACUCAGUCUAAGUAGUUAUGCUUUGAAAUUCAAGUUGAUGUACUCAACAGGUUUUUGAAAUCUUUUAAUAGGCCUCACAAAUGAUUGAACAAAAAGGCUUGACCGGAAAGGGUCUUGUAAUUUUUCUUUUUUUUUUCAUGUCUAUAUAAAAUAAAUAGCUUCCGGCAUCCAGAAUGAUAGAUUCGAAUUACGUUUUAAAAACCAUUAGCCUAGACAUUAGCCUAGACUCCAGCCGUCUGAGUUGGUUUAUUGAUCGAAUGCUUCAGUCCGUCUUAAUCCGUCAGUUCCCAUAGAACCUCCUCUCUCGUUCGAGGAGAUGUCGAUACUUACAACGAUUCUGUCACUUCCAUUCGAUUUUUUUUGUUCCUGCUGCUGACUGGAAAAUGUCGGAAGCAGGGUUGCCAACUAUAAUUUUCAAAAAUAAGAAAGAAUGAAAAUAAAAUCAGAAGGAAAUCAGGAUAGCUCGUAUUUAAUUGUCCGUAAAGUUCGUGUCGAUUUUUGGGAAAACAAAAGGAUCAUUUUUAUAGGCAGACAUACAUUCAUUCAAUUUUAUGUGCAUAAUUUUGUUUCACAAUCUUUCGCCAUCUUUCACGCAGCUUAGAAAUUCUAUCCUCCCGGAAUAUUUUUGGUUUCUGGUCGAAAACUGAACAAGGUAUUUUUUAUACUGUCUAUAGAGUCGAAUUUCUGGUCCUUAAGAGAAUUUCGAAGAGAAACUGAACCUGAGAUAAUCUGUAGGUGCAAUAUCCGUUUUGCUUAGCUGAUGGAAUAGCAUAUCCCAGUCAGGUUCCAAAAAUGUUCGUUGCGUUCAUGAAGCGAGUCGUUUCAUAAACGCAAACGCAAAUUAUAUGGCACUGCCACUAUAACUGAUUCCUGCCACUUCAUUUCUUCGUCACAACCGACUCUUCUUCAGAAUGCGGCUGACCUCCAGUGAUUCGGGAACAAUGAUUGAAUUCAGCUUAGAGAUCAAUUGCGAAAGAUUAUGCAGAGACACCAAUUUUUGUUCAUAUACCUGCAAUUCAAAAUUUAAACCGUAUAAUAAUAUUAAAUAUUAUACAUAUAAGAUCUGCCAAAUGUAAAUCGGGUAUAAUUGAAGUGAAGAAACAUCUCGUUGCACUAUACUCAAUGUUCAUUUAUUUAAUUCGCAUUGACGGCAUCUAGUUUCGUUUUCUGUCAUUGUGAAGCGAAAAUCUUAUUGGAUUUGCAGGUGGAAUAAAGUGGAAAAAAACUUUAAACUUUAAAAAAAAAUAAUUUAGAUUGAAAAUUAAAAACGAAAAUUUACUUUUCAUUCCGUCCUUCCCGGUUCGAUCAGUAUUUUUAACGUCAAUAUUUCUGGAGUAAAGGAGAGAGAAAUUACCGCUGAUUCGAUAAAAAGGAAAGAAAGUGAUAAAACACUCACAUAACGAAAAAUACGCAAAAAAAUACUCGUUGACAAUAAGAACCUCAUUUUCUGCAGACGAAAAUUCACAUCGAACUGUUCUUUGCAGAUCAUUUUUAUGUUUUUAUUUGCAAUUUUGACAAAAAACCAGCUAGGUGCACACAGUAAGUGUCAAUAGUAUUGAUACACUGUAUUACAAGUUUUUGUACAUCAUUCAAAUUUAAAAUAAAAAUGUAGUUUAUCAAAAAUGUCCAUCUAACCCGCCCUGUCCGUCUUUCCCAACUUUCCGUUUGUUUGAGUUUCUAUGGACCGAAUAAAAUAUGUAUCCUGCUAAAAGAUGCUCCUAUUCUCUUUUUUCGACCUCUAGGAGAUAAAACAGACAGUUUUAGAAGCUUAUAAUUGUGUUUUGCGGGUUUUUCUAGUAUUAUUUGGCAUUUUAUGUAAUUUAUUCCAGUCUAAUUUGGGUUAAUGCUUCUUUCAACAUAUAUUGUUUUGAAAAAAGUGAUGAUGCAAAAUAGAAAAAACACAUAUGUCAUGACAAAUAAAACAAGUAAGUAUCUAUAUGAGAGCAUGUCAAAACCUCCCGAGUGCCCUACGAUGCAAUUUCUUAUCGAUGAUAUUAGGUUGGGGAAAAAGUAAUCCAUUAUUUUUGGGUGAAAUUCAAAUUUUUUUUUAAUGUGCUUCGGAUUUUCCGAUUUGGGUCAAAUAUGCACCAUUUUAUUGUAAAAUUUGUUGCCAUUCUAAAGGUAACUUUAUAAUACCUCUUCUAUAGAAGUCUUGGUACUUAUUGGCGAAAAACCCUAGCAAUAGAUUUUUACAAUUUUCUCUUGAUCCCAAUUUUUUAUCAUUCUGGAAGUUUUGCAAAGCGAGAAAUAGGUGAUAUCACUAGGCCCUAGGUCCGGACUAUAUGAUGGAUGCGUUAAAACAUCCCAAUCAAGCUCUCGGAGUUGCAUGGACUUGCCUUGUCCUGAUGGAACACACCACCUCUUCUGUUGGCUAAUUCUGAAAGUUUCUGGACAAUCGCUAGCUUCAAACGGUUCAUUUGUUGAUAAUAGAGUUCUGAAUUCAGUCUAUUUCACUACAAAAAAAAUUGAAAAAUUUGAAAAUUUUUUUUAAAAAAUUGCACGUACUUUACUGUUAUAGUAUCGGCACCUUUCACAAUUUCAGCUGCCUGGCUUGCAUUUUCACCUUUAUAAAAGAAAAAGUGUAAAAUGUACCGAAUUUUCUCUUUGUUGACUUCCAUCGUUAACACCCUGAAACUCACAACUUAAUCGAACAAACAAAAAAAAACAGCAAAAUAAUUUUUUUAGUGUGAAAUGUCACCUUCAAAACGAGCUUAAACUUGAAACUGUAUGACCGAUAUUACGUGAGAUAUCGAUGACUACAGUCCGACCGAGAAAAUAAUGGAUUACUUUUUCCCCAACUUAAUAUGAAAGUCCUGCUUUUCAUAUUGUGAAUUUAUAAAUGCUUCAAAUUAUUUUAUCGAAUGAAAACUUCCACCAUCCAACAAAAAAGGUUAUUAAAGUGCGUAUACUCAUUCAUAUUUUGACGAGAGGCAGGUUCACAGCUUUAUCCGUUUAGAAAUUUCAAUAAAUACUACUCAACAAUUGAUGUACUGCAGGUUUUCGCAUGCACAGACAAGUCUUCACUUGAACAAUCGGUAACAGCUUUCGAUGAAGCCAGAUUGAAGGUAAAUAUUUGCAGAUGAUAACAGUGGCUAUUUAAAACAAUUAACGACCAUAAAUCAUGAAGUUUUCCAAUCAGUACGAGAUGUUAAAAACUUAUCGAGCACAAUAGGUGUAACAUUUCAAUUCCACACCAAAUCGAUCGAUGUUAAUAAAUACCAAAUGUGUUAUCUUACCAUUAUCUAGAUAAAAAAAAAGUGAAUAACGGAAUUGAGAGAACCGAAUUAAACGAUACAUUAUGGAAGGAAUAAUUUCCAUGAUUUAUGCAAGCAUCAAUUGCGCACCGACCCAUAAACUGUGCCGGAUCAUACUUUAUGCUGCACCGCAUACAGCGUGAAGCAAAUGCCGUAAAACCGUUCUUGUUUCCGAAAGCCUGUAGCAAAAUCCCUAAUGCGUAUAACCUUUCCAAAAUAUGUAUAUUUGAGUUGCCGUCGGGAGUAGAAACAAGGGCCGAAAGAAAAAUACCAAACAAGCCGCCUUACCGCGGAAUCCGGAUUCUUCGGCGGGAUGCAAGCAAAGCGUAGUAGAAAGGCUGUAUUCCAGCCUCCGCGUUUAAACAACUUUUCUCCAACGGAUUGAACCCUCGGAUUUAGUUCCAUUUCCAGGAAGGACGGUGAGCGAACAUCAGCAAACGGAAGGUAAAUUAAUAUUUAAUUAGCAAACCAAAAGCUCAGAGGGGCGAGAGCUGUAGCGAUUCGAUUAAGAAGCGAAAUAGAAAAUUGAGAUUAGAAAAGACACAUUUAGUGUUAUAGGUUUUACUGCCUUUCUUAUUUUAGCGCAUUAUCAAAAAUUCAAUUGCUAUUCGUAAUGCUCCGUCGUUAUCCUUCUUGAAGCAAUUAGCCAAUUUCCUGGAACUUUCUUCCUCGUUCUGUCUGGAUUUAUCCGAUAAAAUCGCUUGUAAAAGCCCCUUUUCUCGGCCCGCACAAAAACAGUUGCUCCAAUAAUGAUUAUCAUCGAAGAGGCGGAAAAUCUCAGCAUCCAAUCUGUCGCUGCAGACAUGGCCGAUAACUGCAAGACACCAUGUAAUCGCGGAAAUUGGAUGUAAUUAAAUUAUGAAGAGAAGAAAUAAAAGGAUAGUUAAGGGAGGGUAGAAAAAAAAACUUUUUUUUUCUCUUUCCGAGCCAAUUUCCCCAUUAAUCCAUUUUCGCGAAAGGUUGGACGAUCGGUAUGUUCGGUAUGAGAGGAAAUUAGUACGAGUAAGCCUAUGUACCCCAUCAUCCGCCCACUCAAUCACAGCCACCCACAAACAGAUGGAAAGUGGUCCGGAACCUAGAGGAAUUAUAACGAGGUUAUCGAAAUAUCGUAGCUAACUUUCCGGAAAGGAUAAAAGUUAUACUGCGGUGGGAAAUUUUUAUCGCAACUCGGCGAAUAAUAAAAAACGUGAAAAUUUUUACUUGCAAAAUGCAAUACUAUUAAUCGGAGAGCACAUAAUUUUGCCCUUGAGUCCACUGUAAAUAGUGUAUAAAUGUGAAUCUAGAUGUGUAAAAAAAUCUAAACUAGCAGCUGCGAUAAAAACACGAUGGAAAUAAACCAUACUAGAUUAAGCACAACGAGAAGAAGGAAAGCCCCGAACCGAGUUGAAACUUGAUGGCAUAAACAGAGAAAAAAGAAGCAAAACAGGAUUUAUACAGUAACAUUAAUUUUACUCCAUGGCCCCAUUCUAACAAAGAGCCCGAUGGUGUGAACUGAUGAAAUAUAGGACGUCAUAAGGAAUACAAAGCACAGCCGAGAUGGAAAUCUACCAUUUGAUAGGAGAGCAAGGAGAAUCGAUCGUAAGAAUGUCAAACGUUGAUAACACGUGCUUAUUUUUAGAACUUAAGGAAAAAAAUCUAAUAUAGGUAACUGCAAAAUUUAUUGAAGAGGCACUUAGAUAAAAAAUGUGGAUUAACUCAACAAACAAAUUGAAAAAAACAGAACUUCUCAAACAUUAAAUGAUGUCUUAUAUC